AUGACAACUUUUAAUAAAGAUUUCUUUAAAGAUAUGGUCAAUGAACUUGCAACAUUUAUGAUGAAUAGACUAGAAGCAUUUGUUCAAAAAUUCCUUUCAGGAACAGCUCCACAAGUUGUCAUUUCAGCUAAGGAGCCAUCUAGAGUUUCAUUUCAUUUUGUAUUGUUAUCAAUGGCAUCUAUGAUUAAGAUUGUAGAUCACUUUGCAGAGUCAUGUAAUGCAGAAAAAUUUGAAUGUGGUGAAUAUAAAUGGAAGCUAUGUAGACCAUUUCUUUAUCUUUUGGAGGACACAGGAGGAUUGCCUCGUGCAUUACAGUAUCUUUUAGAAAUAUGUUUCAAAGAACUCAAUAACAACAU